AUGCCGAGCGACGUCGAAAACCACGGACACGCGAUAUGGACCCCGUUCGGGAACGCGGCGAAGACGACGGGACGGACGCACGGCGUCGAGGCGGUGCUGCGACAAAACGUGGUGAAUUCAGAGUACUAUCGAAAGCUGUGCCGGAGCGCGACGGGGACGGUGGACGGCGAAGGGAUGGACUUCAUGUCGCUCGUGGACGAGAUAUACGAACUGGUCGAUCACGUCGAGCCGUGGAUGUCGGGAAACGCGCGAGGGGCGUCGACGGGGUUUUGCAUACUGUUUCGGUUUUGCGAGAAGGAACUGAGCGAUAAAGAGAUUUGGCACCUGCUGAGGCACGGAGAUUCGCCGUACAUACGGGCGAUCGGGUUUCUGUACGUGCGAUACGUGAAGAAUGGUCGGGAGCUGUUGAGGUGGUGCGAGGAAUUUUUCGAUGACGCGGAAAAGUUCUCGCCGUCGCCGGGCGGGAAGGAGGUGACGAUGGGGACGUACGUGCGAGACUUGUUGCUCGAGCAACAUUAUUUCGAAACCAUCUUUCCUAGGAUUCCCGAGGUCGCCCGCCGAGAGAUGGUGCAGCGAAUAAAAGAUUUAGGGUACUCCGACAGAGGAUUAGGGUGCGGUGGUCAAGGGGGUACUCGAAGGAACGACUCGAGCAACGGGCGACCGCAGUCGGUGAAGCACUCGCUUUCGAUGCAAGUGGGACGAAAGGCGCACGGUGGUGGCGACGGCGGCGGCGAUAGACCCCGGGAUGAUCGCGAUCGUCACCGCGAUCGUCGCGAUGAUAGAGACGGUAGGCCCAGGGGACGAGAUGAUGCUAGAUAUAGAGACCGCUCGCGCUCGCGCGACCGCGACAGGCGACGCUCUCGAAGCCGUGAGAGAGACUCGUACAAACCGUAUAGACGUGACGACAAGUACGACAAGUACGACAAGUAUGAUCGCCGGUACUAG